AGUAAAACAUACAACAAGUAAGAGGUGACCCGUAAUUAAACAUGGGGACGAUAGCUCCAAGAGUUGAAAGCUUGGCUACCAGUGGGAUGCUAUCCAUUCCCAAGGAAUAUGUGAGGCCACAAGAAGAGUUGACCAGCAUUGGCGACGUCUUUGAAGAAGUGAAGAAGGAAGGUCCUCAAGUUCCAACUAUUGACUUGAAAGAAAUAGACUCAGAAGAUGAGUUUGUUAGAGCAAAAUGCCGAGAGAAGCUGAAGAAAGCAGCACAGGAAUGGGGUGUGAUGCACCUUGUGAACCAUGGCAUCCCAGAGGAUCUCCUCAAUCGUCUCAAGAAAGCUGGUGAAGCUUUCUUCUCUCUCCCUGUUGAGGAAAAGGAGAAGUACGCCAAUGACCAAGCCUCUGGCAAGAUUCAUGGCUAUGGAAGCAAACUAGCUAACAAUGCUAGUGGCCAACUUGAGUGGGAAGAUUACUUCUUCCACCUUGUUUUCCCUGAGGACAAGCGUGACAUGUCCAUCUGGCCCAAGACACCCUCUGAUUAUACUGAGGUUACAAGCGAGUAUGCAAAGCAAUUGAGAGAGCUUGCAACUAAGAUACUAGGGGUGCUGUCACUUGGAUUGGGGUUGGAAGAAGGGAGGUUGGAGGAGGAAGUUGGUGGGAUGGAAGAGCUUUUACUUAUGUUGAAGAUCAACUACUACCCAAUUUGUCCACAGCCAGAACUGGCUUUGGGAGUUGAAGCCCAUACAGAUGUAAGUUCACUUACUUUCCUGCUUCAUAAUAUGGUGCCAGGUUUGCAGCUUUUCUAUGAAGGAAAAUGGGUUACGGCUAAAUGUGUCCCUGAUUCCAUUCUCAUGCACAUUGGUGAUACCAUUGAGAUCCUGAGCAACGGCAAGUACAAGAGUAUCCUUCACAGGGGGUUGGUGAACAAGGAAAAGGUUAGAAUUUCAUGGGCAGUGUUUUGUGAACCACCAAAGGAGAAGAUCAUCCUAAAGCCACUUCCAGAGCUUGUAACUAAUGCAGAACCAGCACAUUUUCCUCCUCGCACUUUUGCUCAGCAUAUUCAGCAUAAACUAUUCAGGAAGACCCAGGAAGGUCUCCCCAAAUAAGCAUAUAAAUCGUAUUUUUGCUUUAUGAACCUUUUAUCUUUUUGUGUCAAUAAUUGGCCGUCUAUAUCCAUGCGGCCUAAAUUUGUUUCGCUCUUUUGUUACUUCCUUUAAUAAAGAAUACUAAUAUUCAUGUUUCUAGA